GAUCAGGAUUAUGAUUGUUACAUCUGUGCGAGAGCGACACCUGGCUGGCGCGCACCCCGCUGCGGCUCUCGCAUCGGGGGUGGAAGUGGUGGUGAGUAGCAGCAGCAGCGGCCGGCCAGUAGCAGCAGUGGCAGUGACAGUGUCAGCAGGGGCGGUGGCAGCGCUGAUGGCAGGGAUUGUAACGGUGAAGACG